ACCUCAUCCGCCGUUGCCAUCCUUCGCGUCCGAUUUAAGGCGGCGAGCUCUGCACCAGUUCCCUGCCCUAGAACUUUUUGUGGGCGACCCGAAGCAAGGACGGGUGGAGAAAUAAAUAGGACUGGGAAGCCUCGCCGUAGAACCUGAGAGAUAGAGGGGCAGGAGAGAAGGAUCCAAGAUGCCGGACUACGGGGAAAGAUACGAAGGCUACGACGACGGGUACACCGGCUACGGAGGCGCGUCUCCUCCGCCGAGGAGCAGCGGCUUCGACGACUUCGGUGAUUCUCGAUCGCAGAAUGAAUUUCAGGAACCUGAAAGGGCGUCCUCAAAAAGCAGAGAAAGGGAUAGAAAUAGGGAGCAUGACAGGGAUAGGGAUCGAGACAGAGAUAGAGAUAGGGACAAGAAUAGGGGUCGGGAUAGAGAUAGAGAUAGGGAUAAGGAUCGUGAUCACAGAGACCACAGAGACAGAAGUGAUCGUGGCCGGGAUAGAUCCAAUGAUCAUGACCGUCAUCGUAACCGAGACUAUGAUAGCAUACAUUUCAGGCGAAGGGACUAUGAUCGUGAUAGAGAAGGGCAUCACAGACAUCAUUCUCAGUCUCGGUCUCGAUCAAAGGGUAGGUCUGAUCAUAGAUCAAGAUCUCGUUCUCGUUCCCGUUCAGGAUCAAAAAGGUAUAUGGGUUUAUCCGAUGAAAUUGUAAGGGUCUUGAUCUCCCCUCAACGAAGGGUCCGGUCAUCCAAAAUUUUGAGGCUUACUCUGGGAUCUUUCUGGUGUUUACUCCAUCUACUAGUCAACAUCGUACAUCUUGGGUCUUAUCUGAUUAACCUACUACUUUACUGUAUGAUUUCGAGUGGAUUACUACAAAAGUAUCAAAAUCUCCAACUAGACAAGCUUCGUUACUUGGCAAUUGUGGUAGAAAGUGAAGAAGCUAAAAACACUACAAAGAUCAAGCAGCUUUUAGGCUGGUUGGCAGCUAUUGGUGUGAAGUAUGUAACUCUUUAUGACAUGGAAGGUGUGCUGAAGAAGUCAGUGGAGACUGUUCUAAAGAGCUCGGCAAAUCCAAGUGUAAGAACAUGCUCUGUUGCCAAUGGAAAUGCAGUGGUUUUACUUCAUCAAGACAGAAUGACAAUAGAGCUACUUUCUUUCUCUGAUGGUAAAGAAGCAGUUGCUAAAGCGGCUAGCUUUCUAUGUUUACAGUAUCUGGAAGGUGAUUCUGUAGGCUACAAUAAGAUGGAGCCAGUCUUCACAGAAACUGAUGUGACCGAUGCUCUAAAAGCAGUAGGUCAUGGUGGACCAGAUCUUGAUCUCCUUCUUGUAUAUGGGCCUGCUAGGUGCCACUUAGGAUUUCCUGCAUGGAGAAUACGGUACACAGAGAUUGUACAUAUGGGAUCAUUGCGAUCCAUGAAAUAUGGUGCAGUUGUGAAAGCCAUUUAUGACUUCUCAAAGAAGCACCAAAACUAUGGUUCAUGAGGCAGAUUUUUAUGUACUAUCAUAAUCGAACAGCAAAAGGUCUCUGAGCUCCACAUGGUCAGGGCAGUCCAUCCGCACAAGUCUACCCUCCAAAGCCAAUGAAGGAUUGAUAUUAGCUUUGUAAUCAAGACAUUAAGUUUCAUAGGCAGUGUGAAUCAUAUGUAUUUUUUUCACUAUUAUUUAGAAAAACAUUUUUAGUUCUCCCUUUAUACAUAGACUCCUCAAAUCACUUGUCUAAUCCCGGUACCUAAUAUUGUCCUUCUAUCGUUUCAGUAGUAUAUAUCAGCAAAAAGUACCAUAGUUUAAAAAA